UUGUGUGUGAAUCCCCUCUCUCUCUCUCUCCCCCUCUCCCGGGACUGGUAUUUGACCGCCUCCAGUGACUUGAGUGUCAGACAGACUGAGUGGCGCAGACGACGACGCCGCCGUUGUCGUCGUCGGUCGGAAAGAAGAUCCUAAGCCGGAGAACAAGGCGGGGGAGGAGGUUACUUCAGAUUAUCUUUGAUUCACCUAGAUUUAUUUGGAGCACUUUGGCCAGAGACUGCUGUUGUCCCAUUAAGUAAAGCUGAUACCAAUUCUAGAACUUUACUGAUUCUUAAUCUGAAACUCAAACUUCAGGAUGCAGACUUAAACCUUCACGUGGGCGUUGACCUUUUUCUGGAGGGAGCUUUGAUCCUGUUUGCCCUGUUUUCAAUCUUUUGCAUGGGCAUAGUAGUAAAUUAGAACUUCAUGGCUCAGUUCCGCUGUAGCUAUGUUUGUUAAAACAAAUUAACCAUCCCAAAUAUUUCUUAAAGCAAAAUUAACCACUGUUGCAUUAUGCCUACUUUAAAAGGUGACAGCACUCAACAUAAGAAAAUGAGGCAGAGGACUUACGUCAGCGAGGAAUUUGAUUUACUGUUGGAAAGAUUACAUUCAAUUACAUGAAAUAGUAAUGCACCCAUUUAAAACCUAAAGUGACAUGGAAUAUUCCAGUUUUUGAUUUUAUUGUGGAUUAUGUGUUCCUGCAGAGAAACAUUUAAAAUUCAUUAAAUUAUAUAACUGGAAAUAGUGGAGUACGCCACAAAUGAGCUAGAAACAGAAGGAAAAUUAUUCUUACGGUUAAUUUCCUUCGUAAUGCUAUGGAACCAGUAUUAUGUUUGCUGUUCAGUAGCAAUGUUUAUUUUCUUGUAGAGGUGGUACUGACUUUAAGAACAUUUAUGAAAGCAAUCUUUGUGGGUUUCUGUCUCUGAAAGACAGCCGUGUCACCUUAUUUAUUGUGACAAUGUAAUUGUGGCAUAAAAUUGGAUUAUCACAUUUUCCUAUUGGAUUUUGAUUCUUUAAUGGAAUUCUGUCCUGGAUUCAUCUUGCAAGGUGAAUUUGCUGACAACAGCAACUAAGCUCCCUCCUAGAAAAAGGUCAAGCCCCCCCCCAUUGUUCAGAAAACUAAAUAUGAAUUUAGUACAAAAUCAGGCUUUUGGUGGUCUCAGGAUAGCCAGAGAUCAAGAACUGCAAUACGACAUGACCUCAGAACUUUACCGGAUUUCAACAUUUGCUAAUUUUCCUUCAACUGAGCUGGUGUCCGAGAGAAGUCUUGCACGUGCUGGUUUCUAUUAUACUGGAGUGAGUGACCGAGUGCAGUGUUUCAGUUGUAAAGCAACCAUUGAUCAGUGGCAAGCAGGAGAUAAUGCUGUUGAAAGGCACAAGCAGUGCAGUCCGAACUGUAGUUUUAUUCAAACCCUAAAUCCAAGUAUUGAUUUCUUUCCUUCUACACGUUCUGCAUUUUAUGCUCCAAAUAUGACACCGAUUCAGUCACCUUUUCAUGAAAAUAGAAUGCAAAAUACCAUCUAUCGCAGUAUUCCAAUCGAUCCAGUGGUUUCCAGAAGUGUGGAAGAUGUACGAUCUCUGCAGUACAAUGCAGCGAUGUACAGUGAAGAAAUUAGGCUUCAGACAUUUCAGAAUUGGCCCUCCUAUUCUACAUUAGCUCCAGUAGAGCUUGCUAGAGCUGGGUUUUACUAUACUGGGACAGAAGAUCGAGUAGCCUGCUUUGCUUGUGGUGAAAAAUUAAGUAACUGGGAGCCUGGGGAUCAUCCAAUGUCUGAGCAUCGAAGACACUUUCCUUUUUGUCCUUUUGUUCUGGGGAACCACGAGGGUAACAUUCCCAUGAGCAGUACAGAAUCUCUAAGACUUGAGGGAAGGCCGGAAUCUGUACGAGCUACACAUGCUAGAUUUCCUGACAUGCAAUCUUAUGAAAUCAGAUUGCACACUUUCCUCAGGUGGCCUGUUAGAAAUCUGAUUCAACCUGAACAGCUAGCGAGAGCUGGAUUCUACUAUGUUGGUCAAAAUGAUGAUGUGAAAUGUUUUUACUGUGAUGGUGGCCUGAGGAGCUGGGAGUCUGGAGAUGACCCAUGGGUGGAACAUGCUAAAUGGUUCCCGAGAUGUGAAUAUCUUCUCCAGGAGAAAGGACAACUUUUUGUAAAUCAGAUUCAAGCAAGGUUUCCAAAUGUCUUUGAUUUCCAGCUGCACUCGAGUUCUGAUGACACCAUUGAGGAAACACAGUCACCAGUUUUUCAUUUUGGACCUGGGGAAAAUCGAUCUGAAGAUGCAAUCAUGAUGAAUACCCCUGUGGUCAAAGGUGCUAUGGAAAUGGGGUUCGAUCGAAGACUGGUGAAGCAGACCGUUCAAAGAAAAAUUAUUACAAAUGGGGAGAAUUAUAAGUCUGUCAUAGAACUUGUGACAGAUUUGUUGAAUGCAGAAGAUGAAGAAAGACAAGAUCAUCAUGAAAAAAGGAUGGAAGGAACUCUUGAAGGAGAUAUCUUGCUACUGAAAAAAAGUCGUCUUGCUCUGGUUCAGCAUAUGACCCACAUUGAUGUCUUAGUUGAUGAUCUAGAAACACAAUCUAUUAUUAAUAGAGAAGAAAGUGAAGAGAUCAAACAAAAAGCUGAGAAAAAUGAACAAGCCAGAGUGUUACUUGAUGUGGUCAUCGCCAAAGGAAGUGCAGCAGCUGAGGCGUUUAGAGAUGUCCUAUUAAAACGCGAACCUCAAUUGCAUGAAAAGCUAUAUGUACAAAGAAGCCUUGCUGCAGUAUUGGAUGUACCAGGCCUAACGAUGGAGGAACAAUUACGAAGGUUACAGGAAGAGAGAACCUGUAAAGUGUGUAUGGACAAAGAGGUUUCUGUUGUGUUCAUAAUGUGUGGUCACUUAGUGGUCUGCACAGAUUGUGCACCUUCUCUUAGGAAGUGCCCUAUCUGCAGGGGCACCAUCAAAGGAACAGUUAGAACCUUCAUGUCGUAGUUUCAGUAAAGUGCUUAUUUCCAAUAAGUAGAACUAUUUCACCAGUGUUCUUGAUGCAUGCUUGAUUUGUGCAGUGACUUUAACCAACACGUUUGCAAAUUAAACCUUUGCUUGCAAGUACAAUAGAUUUUACAUUGCCAUGGAAUCAAGUAAAUUAAUACUUAUACUGUUUAACUGUUCAGUCAGCAAGUGAGUAGUUAAACAGUAUAAGAUUAAUAACUUAAAAUUAAGAUAUUUUACUUUAGUUCUGUGAUAGCAGUGAUUAACCAGAGAGAUCUGAAGUACAAAGAAUUUCUGAUGAAAUUUAAAGCAAGAAAUUAAAAACCAUUAACCCUUCAUUGUUAAUAUCCUCCAUUCAGCAUACUGCAAGUUUUAAACAGUUCUGACGCUGGGGAGGAGUGGCUUUACUGCAAAUUGGAGCACAAAAGCACCAUAUCGUUAAUAGGCUAUUAAUAAUAAAUAGUGAUUGCAUUUGAUAGUGCCUCAUUACACCUUUGAGACAUCUCAAAGCGCUUCACAAAAUGUAGUGAAUUGACUAUCUUGUGGGCGAAACGCAGCAGCCAAUUGCAACAAAUAGUUGUGGAUUGAGUGACCAAAUUAUUAUUUAUUUAUUUUGAAGGGAUUAUUAUUCCCUGGAAAAGCAAUCCGACAAUCGAGCGCCUUAUCACGUCUUCGAGACAUCUCAAAGUGCUUCACAGAAUAUUCUGUAAAGUGAAUUGACUGUAUUUUGUGGGUGAAAUUCAUAACUUGACAACUAAUUUUCAGAGUAAGGGGGAAAAUAUGUAACAUUAUGUGGUAGGUGCAACUAAGAAAAAGGUGCAGCAUGAUUACAUAAAUACAUUAAACUGUAUUUUUUUAAAUAAAUAAUUGUCUCAUA